GUAACGCUCUUUCCGACCCCCCAAAUUAAACCCUAACCCUAGAAAUGGUGGUGAAAAUUGGGAUUGUGUCAGCUAUAUGUGGGCAUAAGGGCAUGUGGGCAUUGGGAGGACUCCGACCCUAUGAGCGCGCCUGCGGUGGUCUGAUGGCCCCUGCCCUUCGCACCCCCCGCCAGAAUCGAGCUGCCAUUGCCAAGGCGUCGCCUCUCCAAGCCCUUAGAAGGAGCGUCGCCACCAACAAUUCGGCCCGAGCCUCCGCCACCACUGUGAAAACGCCGCCUGCAAUGGCCUUGACGACUCCCCUCAAAGACACCGGGAAGCUAAUUCCUCCUCCACCGUCUUGCUGUGCUUCUUUCUCGUGCUCUUCUUCCUCGUGUCCUUCGCACAAAUUGCUCACUUUGCCGACUGUGUUGACGCUCGGCCGUGUUGCUGCCGUUCCCCUUCUUGUCACCAGAACUAAUCUCCAAGUUAUAUUUUCACUAGUGAAAGUGGGAGCAGGAUGUCGUUGCACUUGGGUCUAUAAAUGCUGUAAGGUGCCUUUAGGCCAUUGUGAAGUAUCAACUUUUUACAUGAAUAGUUGGUGGUCAGCAACCGCUAGUACUAGCAUCUUUGUUGUGGCAGCAGUAACAGAUUGGCUUGAUGGCUACCUUGCUCGGAAAAUGAAAUCGGGUACAGUUUUUGGUGCAUUCUUAGACCCUGUGGCUGACAAGCUCAUGGUUGCUGCCACAUUGGUGUUAUUGUGCACGAAGCCUGUGGAUUCUAUGUUUGGGCAAGUGCCAUGGCUGCUAACUGUACCAUCCAUCGCUAUAAUUGGUAGAGAGAUAACAAUGUCUGCAGUCAGAGAGUGGGCUGCAUCUCAAGGCGCUUCUGUACUGGAGGCCGUAGCUGUGAACAAUUUGGGAAAAUGGAAAACUGCUUCACAAAUGAUAGCUCUCACUGUUCUCCUGGCCACUAGAGACAUGAGUCAAACAGGACCUAGCAUUUUGGCUACUUGCGGCAUCGUUCUGCUUUACAUGUCAGCAGGGCUUGCCAUUUGGUCACUAGUAGUAUAUACAAGGGGUAUUUGGAGAAUACUGCUCAAGUAGUUCUGCAUUGAUUUUCUUACGAGGUCUUCGUGGGGCUGGAAAGAGGAUUUUUUCCAAUGCUUCCAAUGUUGCAAACCAUUUCCUUGGUUUGUAUUUUAGAUGGGUGAGAGAAUCGGGCAAUCUUAUAUAUUCACUAAUGGAUGAAAGGAAGGGGAGAUUUUCGACCCCAUUUAUUUUAACCCCGCCUCCGAUUUUGGGGUUUGACACUCCAGCAAUGGGUUGUCCAUGAAAAUGGAGUUUGUUUAUAUUUAUGUCUUCAGCCUGGAAAUAUUUAUCCGUUAAGGGCUGCAUUCGUUGUAUAUUUGGUUAUUUCCUGAAAUGGAGGGGGUUCAAACCCUGUGGAUGUCUUGUAAGUAGCAAUUUGAGCACUGUCAUACAUGUAGUCAUGUAGAUGAUCAGAGGGACUCAUUUCGAUUACAUUCACGUGGAAAGUUGGUUAUAAAAGACGGCUUCUUGUUUCC